CUGGCCCUGGUGACCUAUUGUCCUUUGCUUUGAAGCCAGAGUGAUCCUGAGAGAUGGCGGAACAACACGGAACACCAGAGCAGGCUGCAGCUGGCAAGAGCCACGGAGGCCUCGGGGGUGGUUACAAGGUGACCGUGUAUGAGCUGGAGAACUUCCAGGGCAAGCGGUGCGAGCUCUCAGCCGAGUGUCCCAGCCUGACGGACGGGCUGCUGGAGAAGGUGGGCUCCAUCCAAGUGGAGUCGGGCCCAUGGCUGGCGUUUGAACGCAGGGCCUUCCGCGGGGAGCAGUUUGUCUUGGAGAAGGGGGACUACCCGCGCUGGGACGCCUGGUCCAGCAGCCGCCGCAGCGACAGCCUGCUGUCCCUGCGGCCUCUGCACGUUGAUGGCCCGGACCACAAGCUGCACCUAUUUGAGAGCCCCGGCUUUAGCGGCCGCAAGAUGGAGAUCGUAGAUGACGACGUGCCCAGCCUGUGGGCUCACGGCUUCCAGGACCGCGUGGCUAGCGUCCGUGCCAUCAAUGGGACGUGGGUCGGCUACGAGUUUCCGGGCUACCGUGGGCGCCAGUUCGCCUUCGAGCGCGGCGAGUACCGGCACUGGAACGAGUGGGCCGCAGGGCAGCCGCAGCUGCAAUCCGUGCGCCGCGUCCGCGACCAGAAGUGGCACAAGAGGGGCUGCUUCCUUAGCAGCUGAAGACGCCCAGGCCUCA